UGUGUGUUGGUGCUGAGACUAGGCCUGCAUCUUGCUGCUUGUUAAACCCCACCCCCCGCGGUUUGACCUGGGAUUAAUGUGAGGCCUGUGAUCCCCGGCCUCCCCUUCCCUGCAAUGCUCCCGCUCACCCGGCCGAUCCUGCGUCUCUCGCGGUGUUUGAGCCUUAAGCUGCCGCCCAGCGGAGCUCAGUUCUCGGCCCUCGGGCUCAGCGUUCCCGGGAGGCCCUACAGCGAGAAGCAGCGGAGUUACUGGGCGGCGCUGCAGCGCUGGCUCCGCGGCCCGGCGGUUCCGCCCUUCCCGCGGCCUUGCCUGGUGGGGGAGCCGGUGCUGCGAACCGAGGCGGCGGCCGUGCCCCUGGCCGAUGUGAGAGGCCCUGAGGUGCAGCGGCUGGUGGCGGCCCUGGUGCGGGCCAUGCGCCAGGCCGGGGCGGUGGGUCUGAGCGCCCCGCAGCUCGGGGUCCCGCUCCAGGUGCUGGUGCUGGAGGUGACCGAGCAGACACUCCAGGCCGAGGCUCCGUCUACCCGCCAGGCCCGGGAAAUGGUCGCUGUCCCGCUCCGGGUCUUCAUCAACCCGCAGCUCCGGGUCCUGGACUCGCGGACAGUCGUGUGGCCCGAGGCCUGUCAGAGUGUCCCCGGAUACGCCGCCUGUGUGGCCCGGUACCGCGCGGUGGAGAUCACAGGUCUGGAUGAAGUCGGGGAGCCGGUGAGCUGGCGGGUCUCGGGCUGGACCGCGCGGAUCCUCCAGCACGAAAUGGACCAUUUAAAGGGGCAGCUUUACAUCGACAAAAUGGACAGCAGAACCUUCGAGAACCUGCACUGGAUGGAAGAGAAUGACUGA